UUCGGAAUCGUGGCGUUGGCUCGUGAUUAUCUUGCUUGCAAAUUGUUGUUGAUUCUUCCCAACACAAUUUCUUCCAACUUUCCAAAGGCUGUAAUUCUUGAAGGUCCUUGCCUAAAAUUUGACUGCAUCAGUGCAGCUCUCAAACUUAGGUUCUCAGUUCGAUACCCCUGGAAACUCUUCAGACGUGGCAAUAACGUGAAGCUCUGAUCUAAUGCUGAUCGAUCAUCAACUGAUUGGUUCUAUGAGGGAGUUGGCAGCACUUACAUAUGUCAUCUGAAGAUUCCUCUCAUUGAUUAUCAUUACUGCGUUAAUCUAUUACUCGGUCAAGAUCGUGUUUUCGUCUUCUCUUUGCUGGUAACAAGAAGAGCCUGCGAAGUACUCACACAAUAUAUGAAACACGAGUCUUAGUAGGCGAGUGUACUAGUUGCAGCACUUCAGAUUUGUUCUCAUCGGCAACAGACAUCUAGAUCUCUCACUGUGUUUUCAUUCUGUUUCUAGGUAUAUAUAAAGUUUUUCAUGUCUUCUUCGAGCUUGUCCAGAUGCAGAAAAUGUUCCGAAUUCUUCGAUCUAAACACCUGUCCAAGCACUCUAUGCAACUUUAAAUCUUUGACCAGUAUUCAAAUGACCUUGUCAAAAUAUACUUGGGAUGAUUGUUCCAGUUGAUGAUCGACAACAUAGUCUCAUCCAAUAAGUCCAUCCUCACGAAUCUUCCUGAUUGAGCAACAGCAUAGCCUGACUGAUAUACAACUUAGGGCGUCACCUCGGGGUGUCCAAUUAAUUCAAUUCAUUUAUGCUAAACAAGAAGUCUCGUUUGCGCUCUUGCUAUUUGCUGUUGUUUAUGAUAUCUCACUGGCAUGAACUCGAGAUCUUUCUAACAGAAAUCUUACUUAGUAGCCAUGCUACGCCUCUCUCGUCAUUUCAUGCAAAAAGAUAUCACACACGAAAUUCCGACCCUACUUUGUAAAUUUUGCAAGCGAUUUAGUCCAGAUAGCUAAUGCUCUCUAUCUGUACUUUGGAACGUCAUUAUGCUCUGCAAAUUUGGGUCUUUAUCUGAAAGUUUGUUUUCGCGGGGAAACAAUUAGGAUGGGCCUGGAUAGCAUAAUUAAUUGCGCUCAGACCUGUGCAACGUUGAUCGUCUCAAGCUAUAUUGGUCUCUUAAUUGUCUCACAUGAACAAUAAUUACAUAAGGUUUCCUCCAGCUAAGCAGCCUUAUGAUUUUUCUUGGAAGAUUCUACGUGUUUCAUGGAUGGUUUGGCAUAGGAAUUUGAUUUUAUUUCACGUCUUAGUAGAACCGCCCUAAAUUGUUGGCAAAUAUUGGCAUUGCAUCUAAGUACAUCUCAAUCCCCAUACCUAUUUGAUCUUAUCGUGAUAUUGUCUCACUCUCUAUCUACCAUGUCUGCUUGCUAACACGCUUCAAUUGGCAUCCGCGUUACGAUAAAAUAAUAUUCCUCUAUCUCCUGAUAAUACACUUUCCUCAUGGAGUCGACAGGGAGCCUUGAGGAUGUUUCCAUAGCAUCCCGAUUACUCCUAAUAUGUUGGCCUCUAUACGGGAUUUCUGGAAUAUUAAUAAUGCUGAGAUUAAUUGCCAAAGCCAAGUACCAUCUCGCAUUUGCUCUUGAGGACCUCUUGGUCAUACUUGCUAUGAUUUCUGGAAUUUGUCAUAUAUCACUUAAUACUUGGGGUAUAACCUUCGGAUUAGGAAGACAUAUUAUGUUUCUUACGGAGACCCAAGCCGCGAUGGCUAUAAGAGCUGAAUUUAUUGGAGAGCCUUUCGGUAUCAUAUCACCAACACUCGGUAGAAUAUCGUUCGCUGUUUACCUCUUACGAAUACUUGGACACCAGCAGAAUAUAAGACGAUUCCUCUACUUUCUCAUUGCUCAAAAUGCCAUUAUAAAUCUAAUGGCACUCAUCCAAAUAUUCUUCGAGUGUUCCAAUAUUUCUUACAAUUGGGAUCGUAUUGGACAUGAAGACCAAUGUUGGAGCAUGAGAACACAAGCAGCUAUUGGCUAUUUUCAAGGAUCAUCCAGUUCCUUAACAGAUCUUGCUCUCACAAUUCUACCGGUUGCAAUGGUUAUCAAUCUUCAUAUUUCCUUGCAUUUGAAGUUUCUCUUAUCAUUUCUGUUGGGAGUCAGCCUUUUUGCCUUUAUCGCGGCAGUCGUUAGGACCUACUGCACAAUGGACAAUAACGAUGAUAUCACCUUUACUUCGGUUACCUAUAUCGUAUGGUGCGCAGUAGAAAACUGCACUGUCAUUAUAACAUCCUCAAUACCAUUCCUCCGACCCCUCUUCCGAACAGCUCCCAAACCAUACAUCGAAGUAAAAAAUAGUCCGACCCCAAAAAUUAUGAACCACAAUGAAAUCGAGUACAGAAGUUCGAGAGAAAUACUGGCUGAUCCUGAAUUUCACCAGGAGAAAAUAGAUUACAUGGGAGAUAAAAAGGAUGAUGCCAAGAUCGAGGCCCAUUCGCUCGUGUAGACCGGAUAGAAAAUUGGAGUAUAGAAUAGAGGUUUUGGGAUACAUGAUUAGAUGAUUUAUGAUUUGGUAUAUGGUUGACAUGGAGUUCGUGGUGCUUGGUGCGGGGUUAUUUCUUCUCCAUUGAUAGAGGUCAGUUCCUCGACAUCCAUUACUGUUAGUACAGUACUGUCCAAUGACACUUAAAUUAUACUAUUGCCAUGUCGGCUUCUCUUUAAGCUUUACUUGCUUCAGAUAUCCUUUUGAUGUCGGAGCUUUUUUGAACAUAGAUUACCAUUAUAGAAGACCUGUUUGAAUAGAAAAGAAUCUUCCCUAG